UUUUGAAGGAAUCUGAUAAAAUCCUAAUUUUUCAAGAAAGGGAGGAAAUUGAGCAUAGGGAGUCAUCUUUGGUUGGAGGAGAAUUGUUGAAUUGUGAACUAAAUCCACCUACGGUUGAGGUGAUGACAAGAACAAAAGUUCAGCCUUACUUGAAAAGGCCGAAAAAUAAAAUUGAAACAUGCCCAAACAGGGCCUUGAAGACGGAAAAGGGGGAUGUUCAUGAUCCCACUUAAAUCAGAAAAUAAAAUAAAAAUAACGUCGUGCCACGACGUUAAAUAAGGCGCUUCUUGGGAGGCAACCCAAGUUUUGUUAUUUCGAAUUUAAAUUUCAUGUUUCAUAAUUGUUUGAGAGAUCAGUUAGAGAGUGAACAUUUUAAAAAAAAAUGGCCCAGGGCAUGGUACCCGAUCGGACUACUCCCCCUACACGGUCGGAUUUCAGCGUAAAGUGAAAAAGGUUGGAUCGGGUACCCCUAUACGCGAUCGAAAUCGGAGUUGAAAAUAUAGUGGUACCCGAUCGGGUACUAAUAAUCACCCGGUCGGGUACCUCUAAAAACAAUUUCUCGAUUCACCUCGAAGCAAAAUGCCUGACCGAGUACCUUCCCCAUUCGAUCAGGUUAAUGACCCCUGGAGAGUUUUUGAAAAAUUAACAUGAUACCUAAUCGGGCUGGUCCUUACACCCGGUCGGAUGAAUUUUGGAAAAAGGGGCAAUUUACUUCGCAGCAAAUUACCCGAUCGGGUGAGGUCCUAUACCCGGCCGGGUAUAUUAAAAGUUUUUCUGGAAUAAACUUCGCACCAAAACGCCCGAUCGAGUAUACCCCAACUCGAUCGGGUAGGGCACCGGAUUUUGAACAAAUACAGCCAUACCUGAUCGGGUAUGUCGGGGUACCCGAUCGGGUACUCGACUUUUUAACCCCAAUUCCAUGCCCCAAACACUCAUCUUCCCCAAAUCAACUCCCAAUUUUCGAAAUCAUCUCCCAAAACCUCCAUUCCCAAACCUUCUUUCUUCAAUUUCUCCAUCAAUUCUUGCCCAAAUCACCCCAAACAAACGCCAAAACACUCCCCUCACUUCCCUCUACAACCUCAUACCCACAAAUCCCACUCUCUCCCCAUAUUCCACAAAACCCGAAACCCUAACACCCUCACCCAAGUCCGAAUUCAAAGCUUCAAAAGGCACUUCCAUGGCACCCAAAAGAGAUAGGACUGAGAGUUCCACUUCAAGGGGACCAAUUCCAGAUUACGAGGAUGUCCGUUUCGGCCCGGGAAAUCAAAGGCAACGUUUUUUGGCUCAACUAAAAAGGCAAGUAAUCCCCUCUCGAUUCUUUUGUCAUGAAGCGCUUACUGCUCUAGGAUUGUUGUAAAGAAUGAGAAAUUUAUUUCAUGUGUUGAAUAUGAACUUGAUUUUUGAUAUGAAGUAUAAUUGUAAUGAGAGGGUGAUAUAUGAAUUCUUGAGCUCCGCCAAGUUUGUUGAACGUGAGGAAGAGGAGGAGUUCAAUAACGACACACUCAUUUUUUGUUUGUUCAACAAUGAAUACACAAUAAUGAGACGUGAGUUUGCCCAACAUUUUGGCAUCCCCGUGGCCCAUGAGAGGGGUAUACCGGAAAAUACAAUCAAUGGCCAUACUUUAUGGGCUAAAAUGACCGGAGAAUUGAAUGUGAGCGUGUCUAAAAUAUCCAUUAGUCACGUUCAACAUCCUAUUCUCCGAAUUUUCCUAAAGUUUUUGGCCAAUUGUUUGCUCGGUCGCCCCAACAACCACCACACUCGGAUGGGGGACGUGGCCAUCCUCACCCUAGCCCUCUUUCAAAUACCCGUGCAAUUCAAUCUUUGCAACCUAAAGUGGGACCAUUUAGACAAUGCUUGCAAGAAGACAGGAAAUAUUGUUGUCGGGGGAGUCAUUAUGCACUUGGCCUCCAAAUUCGGCUAUGUGGAUAAUGAACCAAUAGCCGUGAUGCAUAUAGGUUGGCUUGCAAACGCGGGAUGCAUCUCUUUUGCCCAUAAAGACCACAACGGGAGAAACCACUACAAGUGGCAUAUCCUACCCAAACCAACCAUCUAUUUCCCCAUCCCCUCCAAAGAAAUACCUAAACUUAGGUAUAAAAUAGCAAGCUUUGAAAUCACCCACUAUUUACUUCCUAAUGCCAUUCCACCACACCUUCAAGCCCAACCGGACCAAUCCGACCAACCCAAGCAUCAAGAAGCCCAAGAAUAUGCUCCACAUGACAUCCCCAAUCCUCCUCACAACCCUCCAACAACCGACUACUUUCAACAAAUAUUGAAGGGCCAACAAGCAUUACUUGCCGGGUUCAACACAAUGAACCUCAACUACACAAACAUGGGUGAGCAACUCACACAAAUUCGAGAAGAGCAACGGGCGGGAUUCCAAAGAAUGGAGGAGCUACGGCAAGCCGACCUCCACCGCUAUGAAAAAGACUAUCAUUGGACUUAUGGUCCUAUGUACUCAUAUGUGGCCCAUCACGGGAAUUUCUCUUCUAUGGCCACUCCUCCUCCACCACCGUCUUGGUAUGACCCCUCUCAAUGGGGUAACUUUGGAGGUUCGAGUUCCGGUGGUGGGGGCUAUGAUGGCGGGAUGGGAGGCGACACUACCAUGGGUGAAGGGGGCAAUGAAGGAGGCACCAAUGAAGGCUUUGGAGGCGGGUUUUAUGGCGGUCCCGGCGGGCACUAGGGAUAGUGCCAUGAUUCAAGUGUGGGGGAAGAAGAUUCAUCUCUUGGACAUCAUCUCUUGGAGAAGAGAAAAAGAAGAAAAAGAAGAAGAAGAAGCAAGAGAAGAAGAAACAAAGAGCAUAGAGGACCAACAAACCCAAGAAAAUGUUGUUUUAUGAACUCAUUUACAACCUUGGUGGUCUUGUGUUCUUUCUUACUAUUCUUGAAAAUUAUGAUCUUUGGUUGAACAUUGUACAAACAUUUGGUUUUACUCGAGGUCGAGCAAAGAAACUAAGUGUGGGGGAGUUGACAUUCACGUAAUUUCCAUGUUUAUGUUUGUGUUUUUAAUUAGUUUUGAUUGGUUUUUGCUUUGGAAAUUACACACUUUUGAUGUAAUAGUUUAGUUUGUAAAAUAUUUUUAAUUUGUUUAGAUAAGAUGUAUUCUGAGCUCAAACAGGUCCAAGAUCACUCUAGGGACCAUUGGUGAACAUCAAAAGUGGAAGGAAGGUGUAAAAUCUCAAGACAAAAA